AUGCUGCGGGACCGCCUGGCAGCAGAAGGAGUAGUGUGUUGCCGGGCUGUUUUGUCCCCGCCCCGCCGGGAGGUCCCGGUCAGAGAAGCGCGCACCGCUGCGGACACGCUGCUGGUUCCUCGGUUUGGAGACUUUGGAGACUUUGCGCGGAGAGGAGAACCUGAAAGCAGAGAGACUUUCCGAGGCUUUGAGGAGGACGAUGAGUCUGCAGGAGGACCAGCUCCUCUGAACAUGGAGUGCACAGGCAGCGGGGGAGGGGGGACCCCGAGAUGGAGGCUCCGUCACUCUCCGGUCGUCCUGCUGUGGACGUCUCUGCAUCGCCACGUGCUGGGCUGCAGCUCCACCAGCUGUGUCGUGGUGCUGACGGAGGCCCAGGGGGAGUUCACGUCGCCCUGCUACCCCCAGAUAUACCCCAACUCCCAGGCGUGCAGGUGGACCGUGCAGGCCCCGGCCGGCUUCAUCAUCCAGCUCUCCUUCCUGGACUUUGACCUGGAGGAGGCGCCGGGCUGCAUCUACGACCGCGUGGUGGUGAACACGGGGAAAAUGGACGUUAAGUUUUGCGGUCCAACCGCCAACGGGCUAACGCUGAACUCCACCGGGAACGUGAUGGAGCUGUCCUUCACCUCGGACUUCAGCGUGCAGAAGAGAGGGUUCAGUGUUAGCUUCCGGCACGUGGCAGUGGCCUUGAGGAACCAGAAGGUCUCCAUCUCCAACGGUAACGGUCAGGUGACCCAGGUGUCCAGCUCAGUUUCCAUCCCGACGCUCAGUCACCUGACGAUUUGCUUUGAGCUCGAACGCACCGGCAACAAACAGAAGGAGUGGAUCUUCACGUACUCCAGCGGCAAAACCAGCGUGGCGCUGAGUCUGGGCUCAGAUCAGACCGGCAUGAAGAUGAUCGUGGACGGGGUGGCGUGUCCAAUCGACUCCAUCCUCUCCUCUGCCAACUUCACCUCCACCAUGAAGCCCUUCUGCGUGCUCUGGACUUCUUCCAACGGACGCGUGGCAGUCUACUUUAACGGGAACUACUCGGCCAAGAGCUGCUCCGCCUCCAGCGGACACUCUGUGCCGGGCGGGGGGCAGUUCCAGUUAGGAGGGAAGCAAAGCUUCAACGGGAACAUCUAUAACCUGCGGCUGUGGGAUUACGCCAUGACACUGCAGCAGCUCAACGCGCUGAGCUGCGACACGGUGGGGAACGUUAUCGACUGGGACAACAGCCACUGGACCAUGCCGUCCACCGUGGCCCAGACCGACACCUCGCUCAGCUGCAUCUGCUUCCCUCAUUGCACUCACUUAACUACUGCUGCGCCAACUAGUGGUGUCUCCCCGCCCAGCAACACCCCCCUCACUACCAGCUGUGACUCCCCCGGACUGGGCUGCCCAGCUGCUUCUUCUCCCGCCACCCAAUCCACCUACUCCACUAACACCAUCCAUGCUACUAAUGCCAUCACCCACGUUCCCUCUCCCAUCACUCCAUCUCCAUCCACCAUCUUCACCACUAGCAUGCCACUAACCCCAACCAUCAUUACCACCACCACCACCACCACCACCAGCCGCAGCACCAGCUCCUCUUCCUCCUCCUCUGCCCUGCAGACAACCAGCAGCACAACCACUGCUUCACCUGCUCCCACUAACCUCCCAGCUACUAACCCCACAACGCAUGUCCCGGCCACGACGCCUCUGCUGCUUAUAGUGGCUACUAACCAUCCGGCCACUAACUCAGCAGGCCCUGCCGCUGCCUCCGGGGAGGGACUGUUCUUCAGGGUGUCCUUCGAGGUGCAGGACGGGGUGGAGCUGACCCAGGAUCAGGUGGAGCGAGCUGUGGGAUUAUGGUUGAACCAGACCUUUCAGAACUGGACUCACGCCGUCUACGUCCACUCUGUCAGUGUGCAGCUCGGUGUACAGCGGGAGGGAAACCCCACCAGCUACUCGUGCCAGGCGCUGCUGCUCUACUACUACAUCUCCAAUCAGAGCGUGGGGGGGGCGGAGCUGUCUAACAGGCUGUCCGGCAGCGGGGGGGCGAUGGGGGCCGGCCUGCAGCUGCAGCCCGCCUCCACCCAGGUCACACUGAUAGAGAACUGUCCCGAGGAGAACCCCCUGCAUUACCGCUGGCCGGAGAGCCGACCCACCAUCACCCAGACGCUGCCCUGCUUCCCCAACAAGGAGCAGAGCACCUCCAGGACCUGUUUGAUCAGUCCUCAGAACCUGUCCUCCUAUUGGUCGGCUGCAGACGUCAGUAACUGCACGGACAUCGACACCAUCGAGGUGUCUGCAGAGAAUGCGGCGGAGGUGGCGGUGCAGCUGGCCGUCAUCACUGACAACGAGCUGUCGGACGAGGAGGUGUCGAAGGUGGUGUCGAAGGUGCAGCAGCUGGUGAGCGUGGCCAAGAUCAACAGCUCGCUGGCCUCCACCGUCGUCACCAUCAUCUCCAACGUGAUGACGAGCUCCGAGAGCACGCUGGCCUCCACCGCAGAGAAGGCUCUGAAGACGGUGGAUGAGUUGGUGCAGAAGAUGGAGUUUGAGGGUUCCUCCAUCAGCAUCACCUCCAGACACCUGGCUGUGGGCAUCUCCACCGUCAACACCUCCGCCUUCAACGGCACCUCCUUCAGCGCCUUCAUGGCCCCCAACUCCACCCACCCACAGAUUGACUUUGAGUCGGAGCGCUCUCACCCAUUGGCUCAGGUGCUCCUCCCCCCCUCCCUGCUGUCGGGCGUCUCUCUGAGCGAGAUGGAGCAUCUGUCCCGCAUCAACUUCCUGUUCUUUAGCAGCACCACCCUCUUCCAGAAGGAGCAGCAUGGCCACUCUCUUAACAGCUAUGUCGUGGCGAGCAGCGUCGGGAACUUCUCCAUCAAAGAUCUGAAGGAGCCGGUGGAGAUCACCAUCGCUCACCUGUCUGACCAGCCCAACCUGAACCCAGUCUGCAUGUUCUGGGACUUCAGCAUGAACAGUGGGGCUGGAGGCUGGAACGCAGACGGCUGCAGAGUGGCUGCAGAGUCCACGAGCAACAGAACGGUGUGUCUGUGUGACCACCUCACACACUUCGGCAUCCUCAUGGAUAUUUCCGGCGCGGCGGCGUACACCGACCCUCAGAACAACCGCAUCCUGACCUUCAUCACCUACAUCGGCUGCGGCAUCUCCGCCAUCUUCUCCGCCGCCACGCUGCUCACCUACAUCGCCUUCGAGAAGCUGCGUCGGGACUACCCCUCUAAGAUCCUGAUGAACCUGAGCACCUCGCUGCUCUUCCUGAACCUCGUCUUCCUAUUGGACGGCUGGCUGGCCUCCCUGCAGCCUGAUUGGCUGUGCCUGUGCGUGGCCAUCUUCCUGCACUACUUCCUGCUCACCACCUUCACCUGGAUGGGGUUGGAGUCCAUCCAUAUGUACAUCGCUCUGGUCAAAGUGUUCAACACCUACAUCCGCAGAUACAUCCUCAAGUUCUGCAUCGUGGGCUGGGGUCUGCCGGCUGUGCUGGUGGGGAUCGUAGUUGCGGUGGAUAAAAACUCUUACGGUGUUCGGGAGUACGGCCAGGGGGGGUCUGGGGAGGAGCCCUCUAAGUUCUGCUUCAUCCAGAACUCGGUGGUCUUCUACACCACGUGCGUCGGUUACUUCUGUCUGGUGUUUCUCCUGAACGUUGCGAUGUUCAUCGUGGUGAUGAUGCAGAUCUGCGGACGCAACGGCAAGAGGAGCAACCGCACACUGAGAGAGGAGGUCCUGAGGAACCUGCGCAGUGUGGUCAGCCUCACCUUCCUGCUGGGGAUGACCUGGAGCUUCGCCCUGUUCGCCUGGGGUCCGGUUUACCUGGCCUUCACCUACCUGUUUUCCAUCUUCAACUCCCUGCAAGGUCUCUUCAUAUUCAUCUUCCACUGCGCGCUGAAGGAGAACGUCCAGAAGCAGUGGAGGAGAUACCUCUGCUGCGGCAGGUUCAGACUGUCCGACAACUCAGACUGGAGUAAGACGGCCACCAACAACACAAAGAAGGUGAGCUCGGACAACAUGAAGUCUCUGUCCUCCAGCUCUUUCGGCUCCAGCACCGCAAACUGGACCUCCAAAGCUAAAGCUACACUCAACCCCUUCAGCAAGAGACACAGCAACACAGAUAAAUGUUUCACCAACCAGACCAGCCCCAAGUGCGUCUCCUCCUGCUCUUCCUCCUCAGAGGCGGAGCCAAACUCAUCUUCCUCCUCAUCCUCCAUCCUCCCCGUCAGUCAGAUGAUCGACAAGGUGAAAGGUUACUGCUCCACGCGCUCCGACAACUUCUACAAGAACAUCAUCAUGUCCGACAGCUUCGCCCACAGCACCCGCUUCUAGAGCGCUGACCCCCCCCUCCCGGUUUGAUGGAACUGUUCUAGAAAAGGUUGUGACCCCCGCCCCCCCCCCCCCCCAUCAGCUCCAGACAAGGUUUCUGUUAAAGGUUCCAGUAUGAGGCGCCACACUGGAACUGCCCACCAUGCUAUUUCAGGGCGACCCGUUUCACAACACUUUGGAACCUUCCCGUGUUAUGGAAUAUACUCCCAACAUUCUAGAACUCUCCCCCCCCUCCCCCACAGGCUCAGCCAGGACCUUCAGAGACUUCUGAUGGUGCGUUCACUUGGGACGUGAAGCACAUGUUUGGUGUGUCGGUUGAUUUUAUUUAUGCUUAUAAGACGUAGGUUUGAGUGUUGGUAGUGCUAACGUUAGCGUAGCUUAGCCCUAAUUGAUCCGACCCCCAUUUUCACAUCUCCUCCCUGAUGUGUGACGCGGUUCAACACGAACGAUGAGGCAGUCAGUGUGAAAGACCCUCCAACGUAUCAGUUCCCUUCUGACUCUGUGUCUCUUUCUCUAAAAUAUCUGCGUCAUUCCUCCCCGCUUUCUCCUGGACCUUUGAAUCAGAAUCCUAAAGAGUAGCAAAAACUCACCACGUCUCAUCAUCUUCUCAUCAGAGUCCAUAGAGCUGCUUUGUGUGACGGAGGAUCUGGUUCCCUCAGCUCAGUUUGUGAACUUGCUGCAACAACCUGCUAAACCCCCAAUCCGAGGUAAAGAUAAUCACGGAUAAGGUCGCCGUGAUGGUUUGAAACCCCAGAGGCUCCUGGGUAAUCAGAGGAUGCUGAUGUGAUUCUACUGUAUCAGAUGUAAUUGGACCGGGCUGCCAGACUGUCCCCGAGAAAACGAAAGAGAGGGGAGGAAGGUAGAUGAGAAUCGCUCUGUUUUUAAUACUGUGAUGUUAGUGUGAACUCUCUGUCUGUGCGUGUGUGUGGAUAGCCGUAUCCCGUGUAAAUAUUCAUGAUUUAUCUAUUCCAUGUGCCUUAUUCUAUAGUGUUACAAUGUGCCGGGUGGUUGCUUUUGUUCAUGCCUUCACGGGGUCCUGGAGGGGUCGCCGCCACUGUACAUACAAACCAAGUGCCCCCCCCUUCCCUCGCUGGGUGGGCACUUCCGCCUCAGCUUGGUGGGAAACAAAGGACAGAAAGGGACGGGAUGAUAGGCUGUACCAGAAGCGUUUAUGAUUACUGUAGAGUAGUUCCUCUUCUGAAAGCUACCAAUUAAAGGGUUAUUCUGAACAUAUUUACAAACUGCUUCUUCUGUAUAUUAUCUUUAAAACAGCCGUUCUGAAUUAGUCCUGGACAUGCCCAAACGAGUGUCUGCACCUUUAGCAGGGGAAGUAUUUCCAUUCAGUCCAAAAUCUCUCCCAAAUUCUCUGAAUGGCAGAUUGGACUCAUUAUGAGUUGACGGUUGGUGGUUUGAGAAAAAAUAAUACAAAAACAAUGUAAUUCCAGUUGGCCGGGGAAGCUCAGCUCUCUGUGCGUGACAGCCAAAGUUUAGCAAUCAAAAUCUCAUUUAUGGUCGCAGCAUCGGCGGGAGACACGCACUGAGGAGUCCUGAAGCUCCGCCGCUGGUAAGAGCUCUGUGUUCACGGUGACGGAAAGCCUCUCCAUCAGCUGCCAGCGUCACAUUACCACUGGGUCGAGUUAAAUUCAGUGGGGUUUGGAAUACAACCACCCAAAUACAAUGGAGGUGAAGGGAAAUGGAUUGUGGUGUUUAAAUACUUCUCAACAACAAUGUCUGGAUUAUUCUGAAAAAUACCCAGAAAUUCUCUUCAGGACUUUCAUGUUUUUAUGAUCUACUACGAUCUAUUUUUGUUGUGUUGAUCAGACCAAAUGGAGAUUUAAAGACAAUCAUCUCUUCAUUAAAACCCGGUGUAUGUAAAGUGAAAACAGUCCGCCCGACUAGGAGCUCUUUGGUUUCAUCAAAAAUCAUCCACAGUCACAGCGGCAGAUCUGGCAGCUCGCAAAGAGCGGCAGGAUUAGGAAAAUGUGAUUGGUUGGUUGUAAGAGGGAUGAUUGGUGCUCGAGUUGACGGCCUGAACGAGCUCGCACACUUCCCCAUUCUGUAAAAAUAUUGCUGCAGCUUUUGGUCUGAAUCCUGCAAAGCCUGAACAGUCAACAAGCAAAGAAGAGUCAUGCUGAACUUCCUCUUUAAGGGCCUUGUUUUCCAUAAAUGUGAGAGGAUACUGUGCCUCUUCUGGCCCGUGUUGAACGUUCAGUCGUCAGUGAAGACACAGUAACCGGACAGAAAGUCCUCGAGUCAGUACUCGGGUCUUCUACUGCUCUAAAAGUAGGGAUUGCACAGAGUAAAAAUACUGUGUUGAGUGGGACAUUUUGCACCCAUUGGCCGAAAGAAUAUUAUACAUAAUGAAUUACGCCUAAUCUAUGGUUUGUAAAUCCUGUUCCCGCUGAGCUGAGACUCUCCUGCAGUGCGGUAUCACUGAGGCUGACUGGACUUCAAUGGUUUCACUUUAUUGCGUUGAAAGGUCAUGGUUUGUAAAAGGUAGACCUGGCUUAUUCCCCGCCUCGUGGAAACCCUUUGGUUCAGCCUCAAUUUGGCACAUGAGAUUAAUUCCACAAAUGCGGGACAACUCUUUUAUAGUUCCUCUUUAAUGACCAAAGGCGUUGAUAUGACUUUAUCCUACUAUAAAACAAAGGGCAGGAAACGAAUCAUACGGACAAUAACCCUAAGACCUUCAACAUGGAAGGACAAAUCAACCAUUUCACUUUAAAGAGCAAACCAGGCUCUGCACGGCUCAGAAUGAAGGAUCCAACUAAAGACCUUAGUAAAGCUGCCAGACGAUAGCCAUCGGUCUGAUUAUUGAUGAUCCUCCUCUUUCAUCCUACUGUGACCAUAAAGAGACUAAAUAUUCAUUAUUUCUAUCAAUUAUAUCCUUUCUUUACAUGUUUUCUGUCCAAAAUAUUUGUGAAACCAUCCAGAAGUGAAGUGAGACAGAAACACUGUCACUGAUGAAAAGCAGCAUGGUUUUAAGAUGUAUUUCACAAAGGGAAAGACAAUGCAUUCAUUGCUUGUACAAUAAAAUCAAUAUCUAUAAAUGUG